UACACAGUCACGUGUCCAAUCCUCAUAGGACCGGCUGACAUAAACGCCGAGUUGUCAACGGAAAACAACGUGGUUUCUCACGCAGGUCGAUGAGGUGUGCGAUGGCGGGUACAAGGCCGUGGUGUCGGCCAACAAAGGGCGCAAAUUCUGCAGUAAGCUUGGCACCUGGAUUGAUGAUCCCUUUUAUGCGGGGCCGGUUUCCUGCAAACCUGUUGAUUGUGGUGAACCUCCAAACUUGACUAACGGGAAGAAAUCCUUCAACUCGACCAUAUUCAUGAGCGAGGUGGAGUACAGGUGCAACGUGGGCUACAAGAUAGAUUCGGACGACUCUUGGAGAAUAUGUAACGAAUCUGCUAAGUGGAGUGGAGAGCAGCCAAUAUGCAUAGUGGUAACUUGUCCCAGAGGAGAUCUUUUCGUACCAUACGCAAGUUUUGUUGGAAGUUCUGUCACUUACAAUUCGAUCAUCACCUACAGUUGUGUCAAAGGCUACAACCUGACAGCGGGCAAUUUACAGAGGACCUGUCAGAACAACGGGAAAUGGUCUGGAACAGCGCCCACGUGUAGCAUUAUUCACUGUCCUUCUCCAGUGAUGGUUUCCAACACCAUACUGAAUUACGGAUCAACUGAAUACCAAUCUACCGCUACAUACAGGUGCAUCUUGGGAUACAAACGAGCAACUGGCGAUCAGUCACGCUACUGUCUGGAGACGGCAGUAUGGAGUGGAAGCGACUUAAUUUGUGAAAUUGUGAAUUGUGGACGUGCACCCUUGAAAGCAGGCGCAAAGAUGAACUCGUCUGGGUUGGAAUACUUAGAUAAGACGUACUACGAGUGUUUCUACCAGGAAGACCUGGACAAUCUCGUCAACUGGACACUGGUCUGCGGUCCUGAAGGAAACUGGCUUGGCGAAAGUCUUACUUGUGCAGCUGUCCGCAAGACAUUUCUACCCGAGCUCAAGGAAGCUGACGGCUCGUAUGGUGUUGGGAUCAUCUCUCUAAGCAUCGUAGGCAUCAUCCUCCUGGUGAUAAUUCUCCUCGACAUCCCCACCAUCAUGCGGCACUCCGUCUACAUGAAGCGCAAUCUGCGUAGGUUCCACAAAAAUGUCUCAUCCUGUAUGUGUGCACUUCGGAAAACAUUCCAGAAGUUCCAGUCCAACAUGCUACUUCGCAACAAGUCUGGCAUCCUUUCCGUGAAGUCUGUGAAAUGGGCUCGUGAAGACAACAUCUCGUUUAAAGAGCUGUUAUCUGCGGAUAGUACUCUUUCUUUAAAAUCGACGUCGCCAGUGGGUGAAGAUUAUUGUUGUAACACGCCAGCGUCCAGCGACCAUCUCUCUGUAAUCAAUCGACUGAACCAGAUGGGAUACAUAUCGUCGAUGCAGAAAGUGACACAGAUAUACCUCUACAGAAACAAAGUGGCCAUUACCAGAGAAAAUGCAGCAACACAAUCACUCGAAACGCAAUGAUAUCCACUUUGGGGAACCCAAGUGUUUCAGACCUGGUUGAAAUUCAGUAAUAUCUACAUUUGAAAAACUGAGUUGAUCAUGUUGGAAUUCAGCAAUUCCAACCCUUGGAAAACGAGUUUCAGAAUUUGUUGAAAUUUAGUAAUUUCCACAUUUGAGUGUCAGACCUCCUGUUAGCACAUUAGAAAAUAUUUUGAGAAGUGGCAGUCACCACCUUGACGUCUUUGUGCAGAUAUACAAAUCUCGAUUACGGUAACUGUUCUGUCAUUCACAUAUCAGAUCUUGUUGAAAUUCAGUAAUUUUCAUACUUGAAAAACUUGUUUCAGAUGUUGUUGAAGUUCAGUCAUUUUCACACAUUGAAAAUUAGCAUUUUAGACCAUGUUAAAGUUGAAUAAUUUUCACGUUUGGGAAACUAAUAUUUCAUGUGUAGUAUAUUUUCACCGCUAUCCCCAUUUGGAAAACAUUUUUUUUUAAACCUUAUUGUAUAACGGUGAAAAUUACUGUUAUAUUACAUGUGUUAUACUGAUGAUAAUAGUGAAUAUUACUAUUACGACCUGUAUGUCAUAAACAAUGAAUAUUACUGUUGUAACAUAUCAUACUGAGAUAGUGAAUAUUACACGUACAACCCUUGUAUAGUUAGGGAAUAUUACUAUAUCACGAGUCACUGUGAGAGAUACAGAAUAUUACUGUUAUAGCCCAUGUUACCUGAAAGUAAAUAUCACUGUUAUAAUCAGUUUAUCUGAAUAAAAUAGUGAAUAUUACUGUAGCAUUUAAGUUAAUGCUUAUGUUAUAGUGAGAUGAAUAUUAGUGUUUAAAAUGUUAUAUUCAGAUUGUGAAUAUUAGUUAUAUCCCAUGUCUUUAGAUGGUGAAUAUUACUGUAUGACUGUAUCAUAGUGAAACAUGGUGAAUAUUAGGUAAUAACAUACAUGUAUGUCAACAUCCCACUUGCAUGUACAAUGAUCUUUGAUGGUUUAAUGAGCAUAUUACCACUAUACUAACUUUUCUUUCUCUUAUAUUAACACCUAUCCAUUAAAACCUGCUUUGUUUUUGCAGAUAUGUACAUUAAUAACAAUAUAUAAUAAAAUUGUUUGACCAAAGCUCAUGAAAUCGGAAAGGAACAUCUUUUCUUUCUCUUACAUUAACUUGUCCAUUAAAACCUGCUUUGUUUUUGCAGAUAUGUACAUUAAUAACAAUAUAUAAUAAAAUUAUGUUGACCAAAGCUCAUGAAAUCGGAAAGGAACAUCUUUUCUUUCUCUUACAUUAACUUGUCCAUUAAAACCUGCUUUGUUUUUGCAGAUAUGUACAUUAAUAACAAUAUAUAAUAAAAUUAUGUUGACCAAAGCUCAUGAAAUCGGAAAGGAACAUCUUUUCUUUCUCUUACAUUAACUUGUCCAUUAAAACCUGCUUUGUUUUUGCAGAUAUGUACAUUAAUAACAAUAUAUAAUAAAAUGAUGUUGACCAAAGCUCAUGAAAUUGGAAAGGAACAUAGAGCCAUAUACUACCUAGAAUACGCUAUAAUUUAUAUCAUACAAGUAUAUAAAUGUAUGCUUAUAAGAACUACCUUGAAUUACACACACACACACAAUACUCUGUAAUUUUUUACAACUAGAUUUGUCAUUUUCAUUCAGCAGUAUCUUGAAUACCAGUUAAACAAUAAAUAUUUAAAAUUUGUUAGCUACUAGAAGAUAAUAGAAUCUCUCAUGAAUUGGCAAGAAAUUUGAAUUGAUUAUUUUUCACCUAAAGAAUGUUUCAACAAAAUCUAGUUUUGUUAGCUCAACCAUAAUAAACUAGUCCAACCUUU